CGAAGCUGGGAGCAGUCGGCGCUCAGAGCGGGGUCGACCAGGCUCCUGGCUCCUGGCUCCUGCAUUGAUGACUUUGGGAUUGAGUUUGUCAGAAAGAGGCUCAGUUUACGAUUCAGCUGACUACUCUGUGUCAGCCGCUGUGUCCUGCUGGUGUCCUCUAAACCAUCCUCAUCCCCGAUGCCCGCGGGCGUCGGCUGGACAGACAGCGUCCCGGGGAGAAUUGAGAAGAUGCGGCCCGGAGCGUCUUCUGUGUUCUGUGGUUCAUACGAGCUGGUUGAAAAAGGCUUCGCUCUACCUUAGCAAAGGGUGGGCGAUGCUUCUCCUGAUGAAGGGUUAAUUGAGGACCUGAUGGUGGAAGACAGAGCCGUGGAGCAGCUGGCGGAGGGUCUGCUUUCUCACUACCUGCCGGACCUACAGAGAUCAAAACAGGCCCUUCAGGAGCUCACACAGAACCAGGUUGUGUUAUUAGAUACACUGGAACAAGAGAUUUCAAAAUUUAAAGAAUGUCAUUCAAUGUUGGAUAUUAAUGCUUUGUUCACGGAAGCUAAGCACUACCACGCCAAGCUGGUGAGCAUAAGGAGGGACAUGCUGCUGCUGCACGAGAAGACGUCCAAGCUGAAGAAGAGAGCACUUAAACUACAGCAGAAGAGGCAAAAAGAAGAGUUGGAAAGGGAGCAGCAGCGGGAGAAGGAGUUCGAGAGAGAGAAGCAGCUGACAGCCAAACCAGCUAAGAGGGCCUGAGGAGCCGCGUGCCUGGCGUCCUGGGCCGGCCUGGGUGGGUGCAGACGGAGUCGGUCCUCCAGUGUGUCUGGGAUCCUCUUCCUGGAGUCUUCGGUUCCGCCGUUCAGGAAGCCUUUCCUCUGAGCAGCAGAUACCGUGUCCCUUGGUUUUGAUAUUUAUAUGUAAUUUUUCAACUUUACUUUCUUCAUUAUAAAAUUGAUCAUUUUGGCCUUGAGUUGUGCAUAAACUGGAAAACUGAUUAUCACAAGUGUGGGCUGAGUCGUCAAAGUCCGUAUGAAUUUUUAACUUGUGAGUGUAACGUAAACGUUUUGCUUUCUUGCCUUAUAAAUUGACCCCCUUUCUGGCAGCUCUUUGGCAGUCACCUCCUGCUUAUCCGGAAGCCGUGGACCCUGUUGCCCUCACCCGCCAGUAACUGCAGAGCAGCAGGACGCCGGGGGUCCGUGCCAUUUUCUGUGUCGCUGCUCACCUCCGCCCGGCCGCAGAGGGAUCAGAGUUCCUGGAGUUGGCUCUCCUCACACCCUGGGACCGAGUCACACUCAUGGCCCACUGAGGGACAGUUCUCGUGGUUGUAAAAGAGUGAAGCGAAACGGUCACCUGCUCUAGAGUUAACCCCGGGUUGGUGCGGUGCUGGUUGGUAGCUUCCUGACAGGCUGACACCUUUGUGUUUCUGGGUUUUUCCUGACGUUCUGUGUAGGAACUCAGCAUGUGAGGGAAAGAGGAAGUUUCACUGUUGUAAAUCAAGAGUGCGUUGCUCUCUCUUAUUUAGUCUUGUUUCUUAUUCAACUGGGCCUCAGUCUGUUAGGCAGGACUGUGAGGUUUGUCACUAGACUCUGUCCUUGGUUCACGCGUACGCUGGGAUCACACAGCGAGCGGGCCAGUGCUGGAGGAAGCAUUUGGUCUCUGUAGGGGUUCAAAGGAUUCCUUUGAAAGAGUCGCUUCCUUUAGUGAAUGGCUUAUAGCCUCACAGUUCCCUUGACUUAGACCUUAUGUCUCAGAAUAACAGCAGAUUUUACUGACGGGGCUGCGGUCACCUCCAGGCCUCGCUGAGCUGGCGGGCAGGGUCUGUAGGGUGUGCGGGAUGCCGCCGCCCGCAUCGCCGAGCUGCUGUCCCGUCGCUUGGUGCUUCUGUGCCAGGUGUGACUUCCCGGGCGCCACUCCACCUGUUGAACCGCACUUGUGUGUUCGUCGCAUUUUGUGUUUUUCUAGUCUCCCCUCUGGGGCACUUCAAAGACGAGAUCUGCGUCUCAGCCUAGCGGCCCCUAACACCCAGGAACCUGAGCCGAGGCGCGGCUGGGCCACAUGGUGGGGCCCGUGUGUCUUCGGGGUGCGUCUUGGAACCCAGAUACCAGAGCCACUGGUGCCCACCAGCUCAUCUCGUGCUUCGGGGGUGGAGGCCUGGCAUAGGCCGGGCUGUAGGGUGAAUCUUUCGAAGUGAGUCCUGGUACACAAUCAGAUUUAAGACAGCCCCAGCAGGCCGACUUCCGGUUAAUUAGACUUUGUGAUUUGUGUUAAAAUAAAUCGUGUUUAUUGGAUGAGUGGUAAGGCACAUAUACUUUCAUAAUUAUAUUCAAAUUUUAAGACUUUAAAAAAAUGUCACAACAAAUGUAUAUAUACUAUUUUAAGGUCGGUAGUAAGUCAGAAGUGUGACAUUAUCUUAAUUAAAAUUGAAAACUUGAGCUGUAUUUCAGUAACUGAUACGUGUCUUCCUAACUAAUCCUGGAACCCUUGUGAUUAGUCUUGCUCUAUUUUUCACAGAGUAGGCACUUGGUUAAAACAAAGUCACCUUUCUUUUGAAACUAUAUCAAACAUAUACUGAACUAUAAAAUAAUGGUAGUUUGUUUUGUGUUCACUUUGCAGAGAGUACCUUGUAAACAUGCAGACACUGAAUGUAAUAAAGAUUGCGUCCGUGAUGAGUUUUGAGUGAAUGUAGUUUAUACCAGUUGCAUACACCAUACGUUUGUCUGAUUUCAAACUUGUAAAUUGAGGACUUUUUACACAUUUAAUUAAAAAAGUCUCGAAUUUUCCCGUGUCAUUUAUCAAA